UCAAUCUUUCCCAGCAUCAGGGAAUCUCUCUUCGCAGAAAACAUUGUUAAGUAUUAUUAAUUGUCCUUUUAUAACUAAUAAAAGCUUUAUUCUUCUAACUUACCUGAGAACAAAUCUAACUGAACUCACUUCUGUGUAGACAGGUAUAUAAUUAUGCUGCAAACUUUAAUCUUAUUUCAGAUAUGUGAGAAUCCUAAACCUUGUGAAAUUGAUCCCCUGAAACUGAAAGAAGCAGAUAAUGUAGAAAUGCACAAGGAAAAUCUUCGCUACUAUGUUGACAAAGUUUUCAGUACAGUUGUACAAUCAAGUAUAAGUUGCCCAACAUUAAUGUGUGAUGUGUUAUGUUCUCUGAGGCGCUUGGCUGCUGAAAGAUUUCCUAAUGACCCUCAUGUACAGUACUCUGCAGUGAGCAGCUUUGUGUUCCUUCGUUUCUUUGCUGUAGCUGUAGUAUCGCCUCAUACUUUCCAUUUACGACCUCAUCAUCCAGAUACACAGACGUCUAGAACAUUAACUCUUAUAUCAAAAGCAAUUCAGACACUGGGAAGCUGGGGAAGUUUGUCCAAAAGCAAGCUAUCAAGCUUCAAGGAGACGUUUAUGUGUGAAUUUUUCAAAAUGUUUCAAGAAGAGGAAUACAUUGAAAUAGUCAAAAAGUUUUUAGAUGAAGUGUCCUCCACUGAAAGUAAAGAGCCAAGUGUCAUGAGUGAGCCAGUGCAUCUAAAAGAAGGGGAGAUGUUCAAAAGAGCACAAGGAAGAACUCGUAUUGGAAAAAAGAAUUUCAAGAAGCGUUGGUUCUGCCUUACAAGUAGAGAACUCACUUAUCAUAAGCAACAAGAUAAAGAACCUAUAUUCACCAUUCCAGUCAAAAACAUCCUUGCAGUAGAAAAACUUGAUGAGAGUGCAUUUAACAAAAAAAAUAUGUUUCAAGUGAUACAUGUUGAGAAACCACUCUAUGUGCAGGCAAAUAAUUGUGUGGAAGCUAGUGAGUGGAUAGAAGCUCUCUGUAGAGUGAGCAGAUGCAACCAAAAGAGAUUGAGUGUCUACCAUCCAUCUGCUUUUUUGAAUGGAAAUUGGCUUUGCUGUAAAGACACAUCAGAGAACACAGUAGGCUGUAUGCCAUGUACUGCAGGUGUACCUGCUGACAUUCAGAUAGAAAUAGAUGGAGAUCGAGAAACAGAGAGAAUCUACUCACUCUUUGCUAUCAGUAUGCCAAAGCUCCAGAAAAUGCAAGAGGCUUGUGGAAGCAUAGCAGUCUACCAAGGUCCACAGAAAGAGCCAGAUGAUUAUUCUAAUUUUAAAAUAGAGGACUCAGUAGCAACUUUUCAAACUCUUCAGCAAAUAAUAUCAAUUGUAGAACAACUGAACAUACAUCAUGAUAGAUAUCGGGAAAAAAGAUCAUCUAGCGCUAAAUAUGGCAGUGAAGAAAACCCAAUUGUUGGAAAAAUUUCCUAAACAAAGACACUGCAAUAGAGAUGGAUUUUGAAGGAAAGGAAUUGGAGCAAUUUUCACUCUUUAAAAAGAAUCUGGUUAUGUGAUUAUUCAAUGAAUUUAAGAAUAUACAUUGCCUGCAAAUUAGCUGCGUUUACGGGCUAUUUAAUAUUUAACAGUGGAAGGAAUAGUGUGGAAUCAGAUUUCUGCAGGGAUAAGGGAAAACAUGUGCAUAUUGUUUAAAGAAGAAGAUGCAAGAAAACAAGGUGUCUAAUGUUGGAAAGAUCUUCUAAAGAAAUAAGCUUUCUAAGGAAGAAAACAACUACCACCUCCAGUUGGGAUUUUAUCUGCCAGGAUAAUCAUCAGCUUCUGUGACCAUCAUUAGUAUCCUCUGGACAGUACUCUUGGCAAAGAAAUUCUGACAGGUGACAAAAGGAUUUGAAGCUUUACAUUCAGUGCACAGCCACUUUUAGAACUUCCUUUCUUAAUCUACAAUACAAAUGUUGCUUUUUAAAAAAAAGAAACAAAAUGAUGGUACUUCUUCAAAAUGUGCAUUGACAGUUAGCAAUGUUAUGUUAUUUAAGUGAUAUCACUGAAGCAGGACAAGUCAGGGAAUCUAUAUGUCUUGUUUACAGUUGGAGUGAAUAGUGAAAGGUGUGAUAUGGAACCAUUGUGUUUUUCUUUUUGAAAUAACACAUUAUUAGUAUUUUUAGUGAUUGGGGUUGAGGGGAGGGGAAUAUAAGAAUUUAAUGCUGUUCAAAUAAUACUAUAGCUGAAUACCAAGUGGCAUGUCUAUAUCAAUACUUUUUAAAAAUUCCCUAAAGGUAGAUGGUAUACAGUGAAUGUUGCCAUAUCCAAUUGUAACUAGUUGUUUUUGAAAAUCACUCCAAGCACUUUACAUAUCUGGUUAGCCCCAGAUUAUAAUUCUAGAUACUUUAUAGUAUCUAAUCAUUAUGAUCAGUUGAAUGAUCACUACUGUGGCUUAAAACAAUACUUUUAUGAAAUUUUAUAUCUAGGGUAUUUUUUACUUGCCAAGUAAAGUUUUGAACUAAGCUUUACCUUUAGAAACUCUUAAUCUUGCCUUGUUGUAUUUGUACUAAUAGGCUGAUAAAAAGAUUGGUAUGUAAUGAAUAUGAACAAACUAACACUUGGGAGAAGAAAAGGCUACGUUUUUAAAAUCAGUAUUAUACAAAGUCACCCGAAGUCAAGCCUAGCUCAAAAGAGACUUUACCUUUUCAUUACUGAAUGUGGUACUACAGAAGACUCACCUUGGGAGCAAUUUGCUAAGCACUAUAAAAAUCAUUGUAUUUCCACUGAAGUUACAUUCAUGAUAUCUGUCCAUUGGUCUCCUUACCUUUUAAUACUGCUAUUAUUUGCCACCAUUAACUAAGACUGUUUUCACUGUUUGAUAGAAAUCUGGAAUAAUGAUAUUUAGAAGAUAAAACUGGCUUAAAUACUACAUGAGUUCUAAUAGUAUUAUACUAGCAAAAUAAAUUCAGAGAUCUUGCCAUUAAAUUAAAUAGUCUGAUCCUAAGGCUGGACUAACCUGUAAAUAAAUGCACCGAAUAGGACUGCUUUUUUCCAAUAGCUGGUACCCAUGCCUUAUCACUAAAUGUUUUUGAUACUUUUGUUAAAUAAUUUGCUAUAAGGCAUAGAUAUGGAACCUGAUUAAAAAAAACAAGUUCACUGGGUAUAUGAAUCUGUCAAUGCAGAUCAUGGAUUUUGAGUAAAAUGUAAAGGAAAUUAUAAUGAUUUAGUGACAGAAUGAAUGACACAGAUUGUAUAACAACACAAGAAAUAUAAAUCUAGAAAAAUUACAACUAGAUUAUAACUGGUAAAUAUAAAGCAACAUGCAAGUGUGAUGCAGACAAGACUAAUAGCAGAAAAUUGUGUCCAUGUAGUCAUCUGGACUUGAGCUUGAGUGUCUACUUUUUACGCACAAUAUCAGAAAAAUUACACUUUCAUAUGCACAUACAUUCAUACACACACUUUAACACAUGUGGGAAUCUACUUGUAAACUAUUUUUUAAUGUAAGAAAAAAUGAAAAAUAUUAAUGUUAAUAAUUUAAGCAUGGAGAUAAAUAAUCCUUUGAGUUUAAAAAAGAAACUGGCUCCUUGAAGUGUUUCAAGUUCAUAGAUAACUGUAAAAUCAUCCAUGGACAUCCAUUCACCCACAGAAAUUCUCUACAGGCGGCAAUGAAGCUUCCAACAUCAGGGCUUCCCUUUCACUCCUUCCCCUAGAUUGUCAAAUAGGAGACAGUCAUGAGUCAGCCGAAAAUCUGCUAAAUUGUAGGCCCCCUGUUUAUGAAUAUGUGCCCAAACAGAGCCAGAAAAUUACCAGCCCAAGAGCUAUCUCCCUGGAUUAUACCAAAUCGAUAGGGUGUAGUAAAUGUGGGUUCCUACAACACCAAUUUAAGAUUGCUCUAUCCAAAUAUUUAUAUUGUAGAAAUGAAAGCCUUAUUUUGUCCUGAAAAAUCUUGCCUUUGAAUAAUGAAUGAAAAUAAUUUAUAACCAUUGGGAUUGCAUUUUGUCUCUGUUUAGCAGGGGUUUUUUAAUUACAUACAUCUAUGUAACUAUAACACAAGAAUAUAUGUACAGAAGCCCAGCCAGCCAGCUGCCAAGUAUCAUCUCCACCUCAAAUAGCUAAUAUGCUAUUGAGUAUUUAGUGCCCAGUGGAGGGGGGAAGCUAAGUUGACUUCCCCCUACUUAAGAUAACAUUUUUAUCUUAAAAUGUUUGUGUAUUCAUGUUGGGGUUUCCUCAGUCCUCCAGGUAGAAGGAUGGAAAAUGACAGUUCGAUGAUCUAAAGAUUUAGAUAACCAUUGGCCAUCGGUACAUAUGAUUGACUUGGAUUAUCAUCUGAGGCUUUCAAGAAAUCAAUCCAUAGUUACAAUUUUGAGAUACUUGCUUAUAUUCCGAGUUACAGCAUUACUUUGUUCCAUCAUCACUGUGUCAUUCAUUCUGUUCUAAUAUUGGUUGAAGUAGGCUCUAUCCAUGGCACUUUAAUAACCACAUAAAUGUAAGGUGCUACUCGAUUCUUACUGUUAUAGGUACUUGUUCCACUUACCCCUUUUGAUUCUUGAUCAUGAUGCUUGCAAAAGCUAUUCCCUUUUUUAUAAUAGGACUUGCAGUAAGUGUACCAAUGCCAUCUCAGAAAGCAUGACAUUUAAUAUUGAGGGUUUCACUCUGCAAAUAGUAUUAAAAGGUUGUACAUUUAUAAUAGUUAUUGUUAAAGAAAUGAGAACUAUGUUAGUUUAGUUUGGGCAUUGUUGCCUACAUGUUAUCAGCUUCAUGAAGUAAUUGUUGAGGGCAAUUAGUGGGAAGGAUUUCUAGAGAGAUAGAGAUGAAGAGAAAGGCCCAUGAAGAUACUCUUAAAGGCAUGCUCCGACUGGACUGUUCUCCUCUAUCACCUUCCACCAAAGGACUGGCUCCACCAACUAACUGCCCUGUAGGAAGGAUUCCAGGAUUUUUUUAAACAAUUAUUUAUUUGGUUUUUAUUUAUGGUUGAUACUGCUUGCAAGCUGCCUUGUAGAUAAUUUAUCUUAAAAGUCAGAUUAUAAAUAAUUGGCAUGAGAAAUAAUUUUAUCCUACCAAAAUCAUGAUUGAUUUUUGGGCUUUGUGCAGGUUUCAUGCUUUUGGAUGGGUUUGUAUAUUAAUAUUGUGCUGAAAUCAGCCUUACUGUUAAUGAGUAUUUUUCCCCUGCAAAUGAUCUCAUCUUUUCUACCUUAUAAUUGAAAUUUUAUUUUGUGUUUAUCUUCCUGGUGGUUUUUUUAGCUUUCAAUAUAGUUGACAAAAAGGUGGUGGUUUCUGUUUUACAUAUCUGCAUUUCAGUGCCUACACAUUCCAGUCUCAUGAAAGCUGCUAAGCUGCAAACUGCUGGAGAUAUUAUUGUACAGUGAAGAACAGGGCAUUUACCCUGUGACCAUCACAGCUCAAUAGGUAUGAAAACACCAUUCUCCACCCAAGUGAAUUUCACCAAAAUUCUCUCCUCUGAAAUAAAUUUUGAAAGCAAAUUAUUUCAUUAAAUUGAACUAGAACUGAGAGGGGGGGAAAUCAGAAUUUUUCAACAAGGUAUUGUGCUAAAUGAAACUUUAUUUGGUAUUUAGAUUGCAGUGUGCUGCCCACUGUUCACAGAGUCAAACGCAUAUCUCUCAUACAGUGAUUUAUCCUUUUCUCUGUUCACCAGAAAUCCUGGUUGCAAAUUGAUUAGGUUGUUGAGCAAAUGAUGCACACUAUCCUUGUUUUUGUAUGAUGCCUUUUUAUAUAUAUGUAUGUAUAGUAUACCUAUCUGUAAGAGGUAGAAGGAAGACAAAAUUAAAGGACUUCUUCGGGCUAUCUGCUUGUUCUCUCAAGGAUGGGGGCACAGCAGUAGCAUCUAAAGCAAAUUAGUGUCCUUAAAGUCUUCAUCCCAAUUUUAAAUUGCAGGCUUUACAUUAAUGUUUUACAAAUGUCAGCUUGGCCUUAUUGGCCCAGAAAGAAAUGUUUUAUCAAAUUCAAUAAUUAUUUUCAUUUGGAAAACUAGAUUUAUAACUUACUAUUACAAGAAAAAAAGCACUUUCAAAACAUAAGGUACCACAUUGUGCCAAUAAAAUUUUGAGGCAGUGAAAAUCAACAGAACAGCACUGAAAUAGUUUAAAUUUCCAGAUACCAUAUCAGUGUUGUCAGAUAUGUGACCAAGUGCCAGAGUUCAUUCUAGACCUGCCCAUGCAAUUCUUUUUGGCAAUUGUGUAUUUCAUAGGCAGUAGAAAAUCCUACAUUACAUUUUGUACAAAUAGGUGAGAAAUAUUGAGAGGAGUUUCUAUUUGGAGUAGCCCUGAGAUGUCUGCUCACUACUUAGCUUUGGUUGACAAUGUAAAUUUAACAAUGUAUUUUAAUUUGUUAACAAUGGUAUAUUGAAUGUGUUUUAUUUAAAGUUUAUUUUCUUAAUGAAGUAUUAAAGUACAGUAGAAUUGUUUGAAACUUGAAUAUUGCAGUUUAUUUUAAUGUUCAUUAUAUACAUAUAUAUUUAUUAUAUAUAUAUAUGUAUAUAAAAUGUAGAUGAAUUUUCUUCAUGUAGGGAUGUUUAAAAUCAUUUUACUUCAUUCUCUGUCUUAUCAAAGAAGCCAGUAUGCUAUUGAAAUCAAAGUUAAAUUAUAUAAGUAUUUUCAUUAAAAUCUUCUGUUACAUGAUGAAGUGUUUUGCCAACACAUAACUGUAUGACAGUUCAAAUGGACUAAGCAACUUUUAAGAUAAACUGGGAUUUUAUUCAUUGAAACCAUUAGAAUUGCUUUACAACAGCUAUGAUUUUGUACAAGUAAUAAUUGACAAGCUUAAACUAAACAGUUAUUUCCUUAACACAAUACAUUUCUUCAGGAUUAUAGUUUCAGAACUUCUAUUCUGAUUAAUAUAAAGGAAGAGUUAAGAGAAAUAUUUGAGGUUUGCAAUGUGCACAUACCACUAUGAUACAAACAUGAUCCAUUGAGUAAAAUCACACUGUAUUUAAAUCUGGGUUCAGAAGAUUACAUGUCAUUAUUGAAGAUGCUCAGCAAUAUUGGAGAUUAUUUGUGAUCUUAAGAGUUCCUGUUGCAGUAAAUAGUACUGGUUUAAGUAGACAGGGAUCUCAUUUAGGUAAGACAGCAUCUCAGGUUCAUGGAUGUAGUGUGGUGCCCUC